AUGGAACAAUUGAAUAGAGAUAAGAGAGUAUCAUCAAUUAAAAAAUAUGGUUUUUAUGCCAAAAGAGAUUACCCUGUUUAAACUGGUCAGAAGAGGAUUUAAUACAAUAUCAAUCGUAAAUAGAAAAAGAAAAAUAAGUAAAAGGAUUAAAAGGGGAAAGGUCAUUCUCUUUUUUAGUUUACUUAAGAAGAGGAUGAUCGAAUUAUUAAAUUGGUUCAAGAGUUAGGACCUAAAUUUGUGAAAAUAGCUCCUUUCUUCCCUAAUAAAUCAUAUAGUAUGGUAAAAAACAGGUAUUACAAACAUUUAAGGGACAAACACAAAGACCUUUGUUAAAAGUAAGUUAAUAAUAAUAUCUUAGGGGUUGUGAUUUAAAAAUUGAAUAAGAAACUAUGUCUUAUAAACCUAAUGAGAAACUUGAUGAAUUAAAUUAACUAAUUCAUUCAAUAAAUCUAUCUCCAGAAAUUGUUUCAUUAACCUAAACCUUCAUCUAACAUCUUUAGAAGUGUCUAACUUGA